UUUCUCGCUGAAUUAUAUUAUCGCAGAUCGUUUUGUUAUCAGUUCUCAAAUGAAAGCCUACGUUGUAGUAUAAUACAUAACCUAAGCUACCUUGAUCAGUGUUUGUUUAUUAUUAGCUGGAGGGUCGAAUAUAGUAGGUGGUCUGGAAGCAUGACCUUAUCCAGUCACUGAUUGGCAGGUGCAGGAUUGGAGUGUGAAUGACUGAAAAUGGCCGAUGGAGAAGCUGAUGAAGAAGUCAUUCACCUGGGCACUUUUCAUCGUCAUCGGGGAGAAGAUGGGAAAGCACGUGGGGACUUUAUUAAUGCCACAUCAGAUGACUCUGAUGUUGAGCUGUCGUACGUGAAAGAGAAGGAGCAAGAGCAGGAGGAAGAUGAUGAUGAUGACGUGGUUAUUUUGGAGCCACGGCAGCAUCAGCUGGUGCGUCCAAAUGUGAUCCGUCCGGCAGCUCGUUGGGGAGCAGUUAAACCAGAAGACCCAGGACCCGCUGGACCUCCAGCUGCGUAUAAUGCAGAAGUGUUGGUUGCUGCAGCACCUGAGCCAUUGAUUCCACCUUUAAGAGGUGCUGGGCACGGGGGUGCAGUGCCGAAAAUGGCUAAAGAAGUGGGUCAUGCGGGUGCCCCUGGUCCGAUUUUGCUCCAGCAGUACCGGCAGCAGCUUAGGUUUCAACCAGUCCCAGAGAUCCGCCAGCCAGCCAAUAGAAACGGACAGGCAGCGGAGAUGGACAGUGAGAGACCCGGGCCAGCAUUCCCCAGACAGGACCCUGUGAAUGCAGUUUAUGCCGUGGAGUACGACAAGGAUCUCAUAAAGUCACUGGCAGAUGAAACGGCUGAUCUCUUCCCAGGUAUAGAUAAGGUGUUUGUGAAAAACCUUAUACAGAGACAGCAUUUGACAGAUUUAAAUGCAAUCACUUAUUACUUGUUAGAAAAUCCUGAUUAUCCAAAGAACGGGAGACCUCAUGCGCUGAAUCAGUUAAAUAAUCUUCGUGAAAUGUAUGCGGAGAGACAGCAAAGACAGCAGGAAUUGUUGCUUCCAAAUGUUGUGCCUCCACCAGCACAGUGGGGGACCCCUGUUCCACACAGAGCUCGAGGCGUGCCACAGGAAGCUCACAGAGAGGGCCCUUUAGGUCCUUAUGAAAGGAGAAUCGUCGUGGCGCGUCGCCGACUCUCUGAGGACAAUAACAAUAACAGAGGGAAAAAAGCUCGGCAAACAUUGACAUUGGCUGGUGCGGUGCCGAACGGGGCUGUGGCAGCUGGAGAAGUGGGUCAGGUGGGCACGCCUGGUCCCGUAUUGCAGCAGCAGCCACCCGUCCUAGAGGUUAACCCAGGCCCAGAGGCCCAGCACCUGGGCAAUGGAUAUGGCCAGGCAAUGGAGAUCGACAACGAGAGACCUGGGCCUGCUUACCCUGUACAGGAAGCUCUGGAUCCAGAAGCAGGUUAUGCCGUGGGGUACGACAAAGAUCUGAUCACCACACUGGCGAAUGAAACGGCCAAUCUCUUUCCUGAUAUAGAGAAAGCGUUUGUGGAAAGCCUCAUUAGGACCCACAAUUUGGCUGAUUUAAAUGCAAUUGGUAACUACUUGUUAGAAAAUCCUGACUAUCCAAAGACGAAGGAGCCGCCUGCCCACAAAGCAAGUAUUCUUCUUGAAGCCAGUGAAGACAUGCCUAAUAAAGAAGAUUACUUUGACUUUGCCAAGUUGCAACCUGCACACCACCGCACUGUCAUGCAAGCUGCUGAUCUCCUCAUGGCUGAUUUUAAAAUGUUAAGCAGUCAGGACAUCAAAUGGGCUCUGCAUUCCCUCAAAGGACACUAUGCAAUCACACGCAAGGCCUUAACGGAUGCCGUUAAGAAGUGGCGCGAGACAUUCCCUGAAGCUACAAAAAAGCAGAAAAGGCAAAAAGAAACGAGCCAGAUAUAUAUAGAUUUCAAGUUUGAACAUGGUGAUCUUAAAUUAGAGAGGCGCUUGCAUUUUCUGGAAAACAAGAGGAGGCACUGUAGGAUGUAUGACAAAAAAAACAUCGUUCCACCAUUGCUUAAAGAAAUAAACUUCUAUGAACAGAAAGCGAAGGAAAUGGCUGAGCAUGAAGACUUCUUGUUGGCUCUGCAGAUGAAUGAGGAGCAGUAUCAAAAGGACGGACAGCUGAUCGAGUGCCUCUGCUGUUAUGGCGAGUUUGCCUUUGAAGAGCUCACACAGUGUACAGAUGGGCAUCUCUUCUGCAAGGAGUGCUUGGUGAAAUACGCUCAAGAGGCUGUCUUUGGUGCAGGAAGGUCGGAGCUGAGCUGCAUGGAUGGGACCUGCCAGUGCUCCUUCCCAACGAGCGAGCUGGAGAAGGUGUUGCCAGAGAACGUUCUGUGUAAAUACUACGAGCGACUCGCAGAAGAGGCUGUGGCUGCCACCUGCGCAGACGAACUUGUUAGAUGCCCCUUCUGUAAUUUCCCGGCUCUCUUGGAUAAAGAAGUGUUUCUUUUCAGCUGUCCAAACGCACGCUGCAGAAAAGAAAGCUGUCGGAAAUGCCAUAUUCUUUGGAAGGACCACAUAGACCUGACUUGUGACCAGGUGGCCGAGAAGGAUGAAAUCCGCAUAAGGGUGUCUUUCGAGGAGAAAAUGACGGCGGCCCGCGUGAGGAAGUGUCACCAGUGUGGCACGGGCCUGGUCAAGUCCGAAGGCUGCAAUCGAAUGUCUUGUCGUUGUGGAGCCCACAUGUGCUACCUCUGCCGAGCCCCCAUUAACGGAUACAACCACUUCUGCCAGCACGCCCGCAGCCCUGGCUCCGGCUGCCGGCAGUGCCAGAAAUGUUCGCUUUGGACAGACCCCACACAAGACGAUGAGCAAAUAAUUAAAGAUCUUCAGACGGAAGGAGAAAACGAACUAAGAAAGAAGGAUGCAGAUCAUGCCGUCAAAAGAGUUGGCCCUCCUCCAGACACGACCCCUGCCAAAAUCCCCCGGAGGCAGGAUCCAGUCCCUGGGUUUAACGUCCAGAGACUCGUCCAGCAGCACCCACCGCCGCCACACCUCCUACACCCACAGAUCAUGAUGCCGCACGUCCCCCAUCCGCACCUAAACGUGCCCCUUCACAUCCAGCCUGCGCCUUACGUUCCCCCACUGCCAAACAUCCAGAUAAAUUAUGAGCUCCCCAACAUGAAUCUGGACAUUCAUUUACCGAUGCACUACGGACCCCACCCCCCUUUUUUCAGGCCAAUGUAAGUUUCAUACGUGACGUCAUUCCGAUCAGAAGCAGAGAAGUAGAAAUCGACAUUCCCUUUACCCCCUCCCCCAGUCAAGGGAUUUGGUGCUGGGUUAUUCAGCCUCCUUCGAAGAUGUUCUCUCAAAGGCAUUUAUGGAGAAAGGGGAUUAAAGUCUCAUGUCCUGGACUUGUAUUGUGUGGAGAUCAACCAAGCCUCUACAUAUUACACUUAACGUUGCGAAGAAUGUGGGCCAGACUGCAAUAUUGUAAACCUGAAGCAAGUUCGGUCUGCCUCUGCUUCCCGAGUGGCUGUUUUUACUUUUUAGGGUGUCUGAAAAAGCCUAUUUCUCAGCGUUCAAUAAUGUUCUCAUUUUGCAGAUGUAUCCCAACAUAUAAAAAGAAGAGUAACUGGUGUUUGAGUUGAAAGCCCAGUUUGUACAGAAGGGUGGUUGCUUGAGUUCUCCUUGUAUCUUUUGGAGGUAUAAAGGAGCUGAGGAAAAGUUCAAUUCGAAAAAAAUAAAAACAAAUUAAUGAAUGCAAACUAUUUUAGGUGAAUCACAGUUAUGAAUUCUCUUUUUAUUAAAAUGCAUUUGUUCUUUUGAUGGAGUUUACAUUGGCUUUUUUGCCGCCUUAUCUUUUUUAUAUAUAUAUAUUACGGUAGCUGUCGGCUGUCCCAGGGGUGGGUUCUUUAUCUAGCAAUGGUGCAGAUCUUGGGGAAAUAAUGAGAAUAACCAAUUUACCUAUCGAGCCAACCCCCACUACCCCCCAAAGAAUAUAUAACAAUCAAACCAUAACAAUAUGAUGAUCAAUGAGAAGGUAGGCUUAACCCUUAACAUACUUGUCUUAUAAGGUACAUUUGAUAUACGCACAUUGUAUUUAUAAUUGGACACAUUCAUCCUCAGAGUAGAAUAUCCUAAUGGAAACUCAGCUCUUGAGUUUGGGAUGCUCCAGGCUGUAUCAUUCUCCAUAUCACAAAGCAGCUGCUCCAGGUUUAAUGUGAAUGCAUGCUGCAGUGAGGGAACUCGCUCUAAGUGCAUGGUUGUCACACAAACAAUCACUUACAAAUCACCCACACCUGAAACCUGCCUGUUUUUGAUGAUCACAAGGAACAUAAACCAAUUAAACUUUAUCUGGAUUUGAGGGUCAAUUUCUACAGGUCCAGGGUUAAGAUUUGAACUGCCUGACUGAAAAAAAGAUCUGCGCAAAAAUGGUUCUCUUUUAAUUGCAGUAAAGACAUUCAAUAGUUUUUUUUUUUUUUUUUUUUUCUUUUCUCAACCUUUUCUCCAGAAAGAUUGUUGUAUUGCAAUGUAAGUUUUGUUUAACUUAGUGUUAAGAAAAGAAUGUGUGAGGGGAUUUAUGUUUAUUUUUAUGUUCUUUGUACUUUUUAAGGGACUGACAGCCCUGGCGGGGAAUUCUUCAGGAUUUGCCUUCUAGAAUACAGAAUACUAUUUGCACACUAAAAAUGAAACUACACAGUAGACUUUGAAUAACAUCUUUGCAGGAUAGAGACGAAAAUAUGUCGUGCUGGCUGAUUACUGUUUAGAACAAAUGUGUUGUGUGUAAUAAAAUAGUGUGUCACUUUGUUAAUUGUG